AUGAAAAAGCCGUACAGCCGGCCACAGACAUCUCAGGGUCCUAGUUGUUAUCAGUGUGGCGGACCCCACCUGAAGAGGAACUGCCCUCAGUUUGUAGUCGGAGUAGGAGGGUCAGGAGACCGUCACAAAUGCUUCAUAUGCGACAAAUCGGGACACUUCGCCAACAACUGCCCAGAAAAGAAGAGUAUUGGCACGAAGAAACCUACAGCAUCGCCAGCAGAGCGAGCUAGGGCAGCGGGCAGAGCCUUUGCCCUGACCACCACAGAGGCUACACAGUUGGGUAAUCUUAUCCUUGAACCUUGUAUGAUGUUUGGUAAUGUAGUGCUUGUGUUGUUUGAUUCCGAAGCAACCCAUUCUUUUAUUUCUGAUGUGUACGUGGAGAGAUUGAAAUUGGUGACACGUGAUUUGGGAUGUGAGUUGCUUGUUUCAACUCCCUCCUCAGGUCAAGUGGCUACCAGUUCAGUCUGCGUUGGGUGUUCUAUGGAAGUGGCAAGUCGCGGAUUUAAGGUGAACUUGGUGUGCUUGCCUUUGGAGGGACUGGACGUAAUCUUGGGGAUGGACUGGCUGUCUAACAAUCACGUCAUAAUUGAUUGUGGACGACGCAGUUUGGUAUUCUCAGAACAUGAAGGACUGGAGUUAAUCUCGGCUCAGAGGGCGAUAAACGAAGCAGAAGUCGAAGCCACCUGCUUUAUGAUAGUGGCUCAUGCAGAAAAGAAUAGUACCACCGAGAAGAUCAGUGUGAUUCCAGUCGUGGAGGAGUAUGCCGACGUAUUUCCAGAUGAAAUACCCGAGUUGCCACCGAGUAGGGAUGUGGAUUUCUCCAUUGAUCUCAUCCCUUGGGCUGGCCCAGUAUCCAUGGCGCCUUAUAAAAUGGCACCCGCAGAGUUGGCAGAGUUGAAGAAGCAAAUAGAAUAUUUGCUUGAGAAGAAGUUCAUUCGGCUGAGCGCAUCACCUUGGGGAGCACCGGUACUACUAGUAAAGAAAAAGGAUGGCAGUUCGAGCCUAAGUUACUCGAAGAGCAACUCACCUUUUGGUCUCAGCACCCCAUUCUGA